AUGUCCAGCCCAGUAUACUAUACCGUCGCUUCGCCCCUCCUCCCCACCCACACCUCCGCCCCUGUCCCCGCCACCCACCCCCAAGCCCACCAUGGGGGCGCUGACAUGUCCAAGCAGCCCAUCCGUACUGUCGUCCCCAAGGACGGCCUGGACGGGUACGGCCCCUUUGACGAGUCGUACACUUCUCUGCAGGUCGGUCCGUCUCGUUGCCGUUCUUCCGCCUUCGUCUCCCGCAUUAACAAGGCGUUCAGUGUGGCUUGGAAAGGUCUUGUCGUCUUCCUGCUUGCUUUGAUCGCCAUGAGCAUGCUCAGGGGCGUCAGGGAGAUCAUCGGGGCAGGCCGGGGUCAGCCUCAUGGUCCCCAUCAUGGGACUUUUGGCGGCGAGGGGCCUUGUUCGAUGCACCGCCACGGCAAGUUCCCAGAGUGGCACCGUCAAGCCAAGUUCAUUCCGGCCGUGUACCAAGACUACGCUCGCGAGAGGAGCGGCAACUCCUCCUCUGCCACAUUCGAGCUCGGUAUGCACAAGUGGACGAGCCUCGUCGUUCCCGCUUCGAUCGAAGGGGAGGUCGUGUUCUCAUACCUUGACGUGAGGGACCAGAGCGAGGCGAAGGUCGUGAUUGAGACAUUCUGGAAGGGGGAGGGAGUGGAGGGAAAGACUCAGGCGAUGGGGUUCUGGAAUUAUCAGAAGCAUGAGACCAGCAGUGAGGACUCCCACCUCCCCGCCGCGUACCACAGGAUCCAUAUCUACCUCCCCGCCAUGUCUCGCGUUCCCUCGCUCGCGUCCAGCCUCCCCCUCCGGACUUAUACCUCCCCCUGUCUCGCCGACUUCCUCUUCACCUCUCUCGACCUCAUCUCCAACAAAGAAGGCCAGGACAUCACGGGUUACUUCAACGUCUCGCACUCUAUCAGUCUGAUCGCCACGUCUGGGCACAUUGACGUUGACGUCUGGGUCGUCCCGGCCCGCGUUACUGGAGAUCAGUCCGCGGACAAGCACAAGCAUCAUUCCAAGCAUCCGAAAGACCAAGUCAGAAUCGAAGCCAUCAGCAAACAGGGCGACAUUGAUCUCCGCGUGUCAACUGAUCGAGCUCCCAAUUCGACAGUCCGAGUGGAAGCAGUCGCUGAUGAGGGCAAUGUGAUGGUGAUCGAUCCGACCUUCCUGGGCAAGUUUGAGCUGGUAUUGCGAGACGGUGAGAGUGUGAUUGAUGUGCAGGACGAAGAGAACAAGAAGGUUUGGAUUGAGAAUCAGAUUGCAGGGAUGAAGGAGGGGUAUGUCGUGCUCAAGCACAAGGGUGGAGAGGGGGAGGGCAGGGCAGAGAGCCGAGUGGGGGUGGUGGCGAGAAAGGGGGAUGUUCUGUUCAUCGACAUGGGUACCGGUCGGUGGAAGCCAGGCUGCCAGGCCUCAGCCUCGCUGGCGUCGACCCGUCAGCUCGUCAGAUCCAAAGGCAUCAAGGGCAUCGGUUCCAGUAGUCAAGCAGUAAGCCGAGAUAGCCAAGGGCCAAGGACGAGAUCUUGA